AUGCCCUUCUUCAAGAGGAGAUCACCGAAUUCGAACUCGAAUUCGACUGCGAACCCAGAGACUGGCAACUCCUUUGCUCGUUCGGUGGAACAUCUCAUCCACCCCGCCUUUGUUCAACAACAACAACAACCACCACCACCACCUCAAUCACAGCCUCAACCAUCCCUCAAUCCCCCCGAUUACGAGCAAGUUGGUCACUUCCCCGUCUCCGACCCUCGUUCAGUGGGGGUGCAGAGACAGUCGCAGUCCGAAGUACAGUCACAAUCACAACCAUCGUCCUCGUUGCACCGUUCCCAAAGCCAGCGUCAGCCCCACCUGCAGCAACGCGACCGACCGACUGUGAGUGUCGUCGCCCCUGAACCUGAGCCUGAGUUUCAGCCUCAGCCUCGUCCAAAAAGAGGUCUAUUUGUGCGCCCCUCUUCGGGUAUUCUCGAUCGCAGUUCCAGUGUUUCCAUCAAGGGCAAGACCAUCUCUCAUCCCAUUUCCCAGCCCGCCUCGCCGCAAGUGCCCUUCCUCAGCACUUCCGACGAUCAGGUCGCCCAUUACGCCCACGAGGAUCACUCCCCUGCAACCCAUUUUUAUGAACCCCGAUCCACAUCGUUAGCGUAUCAGCAGCAGCAGCAGCAGCAGCAGCAGCAGCAGCAACACCUCCGACAACCAUCGCGUGAACAGAACGAACGGUCGCCCCAGUCGCAAUACUCCUCGCAGCAAUUCCCCGCGCCGAUCGACCAGCCCUAUCCCAGGCCCCUUGUGCGCUCCAAUACCGAUCCAAACUUGCUGGGUAACUCCAGCCAGCCCUCGUUCACCGAAUCCAUCGACGAACCGCCCCAUCCCUUCGAGGGCCAUCGGGGCCAGCCCCAUCGUUCCCAGCAGGACCUGGUAUUGAAUGCCCGGCCCCCUUCCCGGCAAUCCUACGAGCCACUCUCCCCAAUUCAUUCGUGGGCUCAUCCUGACACCAUGCAGCAGGCUUCCGCGCAGACACCACCAACAUUAUCCAACGAUCAGCUGUCGGGGAGCUCCAGCCGUCGCGGGAGUGCGACCGCCCAUAACAUGCCCGAUCAGCCUGGCCGACAGACGCCAACCAGCAAUCGCCAACGCGAAGAUCCCGGAGAUAUCGAUGUUCGAGCUUUGCUUCAGAAGCAUGAAGAGUUACAGAGCAAAUACUCCAAAGUCAAACGUUACUACUUCGACAAAGAGGCUCAGGUCCAGCAUCUCCAGAAUACAGUCGCCCAUCAGCGCAUGGCCGUGUCUCGAACCGUGCUAGACGAUAAUGAAUACGCGAACCGGUUCCAGCGCCUGGAUGGUGCCAUAAAAGAUCUGGCAUUCUCCGUGCGGAAAGAUUGGCGCACUGUUCCCCCAUGGUUGCACGGCCUGGUGACCGAGGACGCCGUCACAACCGGCACAAAAGAGAUGACUGCUGUAGGCCGAGCUGUGGUCAGCAAAUGGCUUGGGGAGGAGGUUUUCCACAAGUACUUCCAUCCAGGAUUGGAUCCUGCACUCAGCGUGCAGCUGAAGAGCAUAGAGAUGAACCUGCGCCGACAACAAAUGCGUCCAUGCACAGACGAAGAUCGGGAGAAUGCCAUCGCUCGACUUUCUAACUGGCGCCGUACGACCUUCGACGGUCUCGGCGAUGCACUGUCCACCCCAGACGCUCAAGAGUACCGCGCGGAAUUAAUCGAGCACCUGAUCGCCGAGCUAGCAUCGUUCCUGAGCACACAGCUCCAAAAACCCGCACUGCAGGGCCUAGAAGCAGGCGUACGGAUGAUCAUCGAGAACACCGUCAACAUCGCCGAGAAGAUCCCACUCGAGGCUCGCGACGUUUACGUGGAGUACCUACCAACCAAUAUAGCUUUUGGCGAUGCAUUUAUGAAAGUGGAAGGCCAACUGCCACCACUGUCACACCUCCCUCAACCCCCAGCGGACCAGGAACCAGAAGAUCCCGCCGCAGUAGAGGGAGACUCAUCGCCCGCGUCAAACUCCACCGGAGCCGGCGAGGGCACAUCCCCAGCCCCGCGCGAGUCCAAGAAGAAAUCCGUCUUCGACGCAAUAAGAAACCGCAAGUCUGGUGGGGCCGACCACGGUCGAUCGGGGCCAUCCCACCCGCACGAAGAAAAGGUCGAACAGCCCGAAGUUGCGAUUCCGCCCCGAAUUCGAUUCUCUUCUUUCCUGACGGUCGAGGUGCGCGGCAAGGGCCAGGCAAUGGUCCUAGUGAAAGCGCCUGUGUGGCUGAUAGAGUGA